AUGACUUUUCCAGUUGGCUGUUUAGGAAACCUUUUCGUGGUCAUUGUCGUUUGUUCACAAAGGCAGGAGCGGAAUUCAACAGACAUGUUAAUUGUUAGCCUAGCCGUUGUUGAUUUUUUAUUUAUUAUGGUAUAUGUUCCUUUCAUAGUAACAACACGCGUCAUAGGCCGCUGGGUAUUUGCAGCUUCGGAGUUCUUAGCAUAUGCCAACAGCUGUAUAAAUCCUAUUUUGUAUACCUUCCUAUUGACAAAAUACAGACAAAGUCUCCGUAAACUUAUGUGUUGUAAACGUCAACGACCAAAUAAUUGAAACAGUUAGUCAAGGCAUUUUAUUGCAUGGAACGAAUGAUACAGAACAAUA